AUGGCAGUGACGAUCUCUUCGAAAACGGAUAUCAUGAGCCUGAGCGAUACAACUUACACCCUCUCUGCCAGCUUAAAGCGUUUAUUCCAUUCUUCAAAAUUCACGGAUAUCACAAUCCAGGCGGGGGGGAAGAAGAAUUCAAGGUCCAUAAGCUCAUCCUCUCUGGUCAAUCGGAGUACUUUUCACGUAUGUUUAGUGCAGAGUGGAAGGUUCGUCAGUCUCAAUCUCCACUUCACUGUCGCUGGCAUUUGUACCGAUCACGUUAGUUUAAAAUACCAGGAGACUGCAACCGACAUUAUCAAGUUAGAAGAUGAGCCUCGAACGAUCGAAGCGAUGCUCCGUUUCAUGUACGGGCUCGAUUAUGAUAGUGGCAGUCAAGGGCGCACUUCACCGAUGCUUUUCGGUUCCAAAGUGUAUGUUGCUGCAGACUAUUAUGGCAUUCCAUAA